UGUUGUUAAUAGUUGGCAAGUCCGUGUUGGCAGAGUGGCAGUAUCUGUGGGCAGUAUACACGACAGUGAAAAACCCCUUUUUUACUUUGUACGAAAAAUGUUUUGAUUUUUAAAUUUCUAGUUUUCUACUUGAAUAUAAUCUUGUAUAAAUGGCUGACGUUGAGGUCAACGUGUCUGGAGAGAUGGAGGUUCCUCCCGAGGGAGCGGUCAGCCAGCCGCUCUCAUUUAAAAGCAUAAUGCAACUUCCAAACAAGCUGACUGUUCCUGCUGCUACAGAGUGGGUGUACCAGAGGAGACAGAACGUCCGACCGUGGACAACUUUUUGCAGCACAUCAAGAUUUAAAACUCCAGCCAGUGUUCCUCGUUUGACUCGGCGCCUUGUUAAAAAUAUUGAAUACUUCCAGAGCAAUUAUCUAUUUGUCUUCAUUGGCCUUGUCAUUUUUUGUUUACUUACGUCACCUCUGCUCCUUAUUGCUGUGGCAGCAUCUUUAGGCGCUUGCUAUGUUUUGGCCCUGAAACACGCAGAGAGGAAGCUUGUGAUAAUGGGGAAAGAACUCUCGCUUGCUCAGCAGUACAUGAUGGUCUGCAUUUGCUCGAUUCCUGUAUUUAUCUGGGCUGGCGCACAAGCUGCCGUUUUCUGGGUCAUAGGAGCGUCUGUUUUUACAAUUUCACUACAUGCCGCAUUUUACAACAUUGAAGCUUUGCUAUCACCAGAAGAAGAAUUUGACCUUGUCAUGCAGCAAGUGUGAAUUGUGAAUUACUUGUAAAUUUUUACACAUUUUUGUAAUAUUAUUUUUGUAACCCAGAAAGGGAAUGAAAAUCUGUUAAUUUUAAUUGAUAUUUAUUAAAAAGUGAAUUUAUCUUCAAG